AACCCACGUCUUGAGUCGCGCGUGCGUAGUGCGGCUCUGCAGGCUUCUCUUUUGCCGGAUAGUGAACUCCGUGUCCCGUUCCUACUCUACUAUAUACUCGCAGACACCGACGUGGCCGCCGCCGCCAUCAACACCAGGGCGUGCUGGCCAUUGGCCUGCAAGAAGGAAACAGCCUCCAGGAGGAGAUUGACCACCUCGUAACAGGGGGGGUCCUUCUAGAGGCAGAGGAAGCGCAAAGCCUGCGACGUCUGCAACAGGGCCUCCGCAGGGACGUAGGAGGGUGGAUUAUUGGAGUAGAGGAAGCCCACCACCUCCUCCAGCGGCUCAAUACUAUCAUGGCCAGGAUGCCGAGCCCUCCUCCCCCUGCGGAGAUGACCACCGGCCCUGUUGCAGAGUCAUGGUGCUACACUCAGAUCAAAGUCGUGAAGUUCUCUUAUAUGUGGACCAUCAAUAACUUCAGCUUUUGCCGUGAAGAAAUGGGAGAAGUUAUAAAGAGCUCAACCUUUUCAUCCGGAGCCAAUGACAAACUAAAAUGGUGCCUUCGCGUGAACCCUAAGGGGCUUGAUGAAGAAAGUAAAGAUUACUUGUCUCUCUACCUGCUGCUGGUUAGCUGCCCAAAGAGUGAGGUGCGAGCUAAAUUCAAGUUUUCUAUUCUCAAUGCCAAAGGCGAAGAAACCAAAGCCAUGGAGAGUCAGCGCGCCUAUCGCUUUGUACAGGGGAAGGACUGGGGCUUCAAAAAAUUCAUCCGUAGGGACUUCCUGCUCGAUGAGGCCAACGGCUUACUUCCCGAUGACAAACUGACACUGUUUUGUGAGGUCAGCGUGGUUCAGGAUUCCGUUAACAUCUCUGGCCAGAACACCAUGAAUAUGGUCAAAGUUCCUGAAUGCCGCCUGGCCGACGAACUCGGAGGACUAUGGGAAAACUCCCGUUUCACCGACUGCUGCCUCUGCGUGGCUGGUCAAGAGUUUAAAGCGCACAAAGCCAUUCUGGCAGCCCGAUCACCUGUGUUUGGCGCUAUGUUUGAACAUGAGAUGGAAGAGAGUAAAAAAAACCGCGUCGAGAUAAAAGACGUGGAGCCUGAUGUGUUCAAAGAAAUGAUGUGCUUCAUCUACACCGGCAAAGCACCUAAUCUGGACAAGAUGGCGGAUGACUUAUUGGCGGCUGCCGAUAAGUAUGCCCUGGAACGCCUGAAAGUGAUGUGUGAGGAAGCUCUCUGCAGCAACCUAUCUGUGGAGAACGCAGCAGAGAUCCUGAUCCUGGCUGAUUUACACAGCGCUGACCAGCUGAAGACCCAAGCUGUGGACUUUAUCAACUACCAUGCAUCUGACGUUAUGGAGACAGCUGGGUGGAAGUCUAUGGUUGUUUCCCAUCCACAUCUGGUAGCAGAAGCAUACCGCUCCCUGGCUUCAGCCCAGUGUCCUUUUCUGGGCCCUCCACGCAAACGUCUGAAGCAAUCCUAAGAAGUUCCUGCAGGGCCUUCCAUCUUUCUCCUGAAGUUGAUCAUUAUUCUUCAUCCCACCGUAAGAGACAUCUGGUGGUCAUUGUAGAAGGAAUUGGAGAGUAAACGUGCAGUUGGCGCUACCAUUACAUCUUGUGCUGCCACCUAUGUUUCACCUUAAGUACGGAUGGACUUCUUCCUUCUAUAUCGGAGAAAAGUUGGAAUACAAGACCUCCUGCAGAACUAUGGAUUUUAUGGACAUAUUUCCUGACUUAGACUUACCUAAUCACAACUGGUAGCAA